AUGUCAUCAGCAAACAGGAAAAAUAUGGAAGAAUAUUCAGAUGAAAUUUGUUUGAAUGAAAAAGAGGAUUUAAUUGAAAAUGCAGAAACAAAAGAGGAUGACAUUUGUGCUACACCAGGAGUACAGUUUAAAGAUGAUUUUUCUGAUGUCAGAAGUGACUCACAAGACAAUAAGAAUAUGCUAUCAUCAAAAACUUUAGACGAUGUUCUCACAUAUAUAAAAUUUGGACGUUUCCAGAUUAAGAUGAUGAUUCUAACAUGUCAUGGAUAUUUUGCAGUGUGUUCAGAGAUGAUGCUAAUCAUAUUUUUGACAGAACCUUUAAAAAAAGAAUGGAAUAUAGCAAAUAUGACUUAUCCAUCUUUACUAGUACUGGGCGCAGUUGGAGGAAUUCUUGGUGGAGUGGUCACAGGCAUUGUUAGUGACAAAUAUGGGAGACGAACACCAUUCUUGAUAAGUACUGUUAUAUUAGCAGUGUUUUCAGUCCUAGCACCAUUUGUGAACAGCUUUUCCCUGUUUGUAUGCGUGAGGACAUUGAUUUCAGCUGGAGAAGGAGGACUAGGAACUCUUGUACAUGUACAAUUGCUGGAAUUCCUUCCUAUAAAAAAUCGUGGUAGUUGCUUGGUAACCAUCACCUUGUGUGGUACAUUGGGGGCAGUAUAUGCAGCAGCAAUGGCUUGGUGGCUUCUGUCACGUUAUGGUUGGCGGAUAUUCAUGGGAGCAUGUGCAGUUCCAACUGUGGUACAAAUUCCUCUCAGCUUUCUUUUGAUCAAGGAGUCCCCUCGCUUUCUGUUUGUGAGUGGCAAGGAGGAGUCAGGGAUUUCAUUAUUGAAGGAAAUGGCCAGACAGAACAAGAAACAAAUGCUAGAAGUGAACAUUGACUGCCCAGCCAGUACAAAUCGUGGUCGUAUGAAAGACCUUUUGACCCCUGCUCUUCGAGGUCGUACUCUGGUGAUCUCUGCGAUCUGGCUGCUACAGUGUGUUGGAUACUGGGGUGUGACACUGUUUCUUCCAACAUAUAUGGCUUCAGUGGGAAUGGAGCCUUACCUAAACACCUUUAGUAUUUUCAUUGGCCAGAUCCCUGGCAUGUUCUUAGCCAUCAUUACUAUAGAACCACACAUGUUAGGUCGUAUACGUUGUCUACGAUUCUUCUCAUUAUUCACAUGUAUAUCCCUUGUACUGUUUGCUUUUAUUGAUGAUGUUGCAGCUAAAACUGUGAUUGUGAUAGUGUGUUAUUUCUUUAUGGUACCAAUGUAUUCUAUCCUAAACACUCUCACACCAGAAAUGUACCCUACUGAUAUAAGGACCACAGCCCUUGCCUUUAUCUCAGUACUGAUUGGUCUUCCAAGCCUCUUUACACCAUUCCUUAGUGCAGGUGUACUCUCUACUGGUGUGCUAUGGCUGUACCCAGUUGUGUGGGGAGCAUGCUUCCUGAUGCAGACAAUUCUCACUUUCUUCCUUCAUCAGGAAACAGCAGGAAAGAAAUUAGAUGAUAGAAAAGUAUCAUAGUUUAAUUACAUGUGUAAGAUUGUUUUUUAUUUACAGUGAUGGAAUGGAUUAGGUGUCUGACAAUCUUUAUCACCAGCUCUCCACGUCUGGGUCUUUGGUUUGAGGCCUACAUGGAGUAGUCACCAUGUACUUUCCAAAGGUGGUUUAUCUUUAGAAUCUCUAGCAUUCUCUCACUUACCAAACCAGGUGCAUCCUUAAAUGACAGUGGCUGUUUAAAGGAUAUAAAACAACGAUGAACAAAUUAUUUUUCAUUCUGCUUCCUCAUCCUCACAACAGCGAAAGUCAAAUGAAGAUUGGAGCUUGUUGAUUUAUAUAAGAUCAUAUCAUUGUUAUCCUGCAAUAAAUUAAGAGGCCCAACACAUUACCAAGUACUUCAGAUUAGAGUCAGAGGAUGGGUUAAUUACAGGACCAUAAUAGUAUUGGUUGGUUACAAUUCUAGCGAAAAGAAUAAUUUUGUGACAGUGCACUCUCCCAUGAAUGCAAAGAGUGUCAUUUUAAUAUGUUGCAGCUGGCUGGUACUAAAAGGGGACCAGGGGCUCAUAGACUCAUGCACAUCUUUUUCCAGGUUUAGCCAAAUUAUCUUUAAUUGGAUAAAAGAUUGGUGCUACUUUAUGUAUGUAUGGAAGAUCAUCAAUUCAACAUGUUUGGACUAUAAUCAUACUGCCAUUUCUACUCACUACAUUUCACCUAAGUAUUUAUAAGAUUACACAACAGCUAAAAAGUCUAGUGAUUUCAUUAUCAUUUGUCUGACAGUGUUAAAGCCAUCGAAAUGUCACACUUUAAGUUUUUAGCUGGUUGUGAUAUCUAUUCAGUGUUGCUAGUUAUUUUUAAAUGCGUGUUCAUAAUUUUGUAUAAAAGUCACAGUGGUGAAUAUCAAAUUUCUAUACAGAUUUAGAAUUGGAUGCAAUUGAGCCAAAAAUUGAAUUAAACUGCAUCAUGAAACGACUUUAGUUUUAGUCUAUUGAGAAAUAUCAACAAAAGGUGUGCAUCACAGAAUCUGAAUACAGAUGCUAAUAUGGUGACCCAUAUAACAGUGUACCCCACCAGACUGUCUUAUAUGGGGAGUGAAAGUUUAUGGUACUUUUAAGACCAUAUCUUUGUACAUGUAGUGGCAAUACAGUAGUAUUAAUGAAAUCCAUUAUAAACAGGGAGAAAGCAAUUUGAAGCAUUGUCAGUGACUCGUGGUCCUGACUCUCACUCUCUGCAUGAGCAUCAGGGCCGUGGGUUACCAAUAAUAAAUUUGAUGAUUCACUGUUUGACUCAUGAAGUUCCACUCUGGAGAAAACAUUUUUA